AUGUCGACGCAUACAGCAGUAGUCACCGUCUCAAUCGGAGCUCCAUUACAGACUCUACAAGUCCCAACUGUCAAACCGGAAAAGGAUGAGGUGAGAGUGAGGGUUGAGUGGACGGCUUCUAGUCCUUUGGAUUUACAUCAGAAUGAUGGGGGGUUGCUUGUUACUCAUCCGCAGAUAUUGGGGGAUACGAUUGCGGGGAGGGUGGUGGAGGUUGGGAAUGAGGGGGAUGUGGGUGGGUUGAGGGUGGGGGAUUGGAUCCCGGACGGAAUUCCACCUCAAGAAGCAGUUGCGCUCCCUAGCAGCUUCGUCACCGUCUUCCAUACUGCUACCGCAGAGCUCGGCUUAGAAUUACCGUGGCCGAAACCUGAAGGUUUUGUACCCGUUCAUAGGGAUAAAUGUAUUCUUAUCUGGGGAGGUUCUUCCUCCGUAGGCCAAUACGCCAUACAAAUUCUCACCUACUAUGGCUACACCAAUAUAAUCACCACAGCCUCCAAAACCCAUCAUGCUCUUCUCCGGAAAUUCGGUGCAGUUCAUACAUUCGACUAUCGUGAUGAUGAUAUCACGGACGCGAUUCUUCGUUCUGCUGAAUUGAUCAAUCAAGAACGAAAGGAGUCGUUGAUUCCCUUUAUUUUAGAUUGUAUUGGUUCGAAACAGGGGAGUUUAGCACCUUUAAGUAAAAUUGCACAGAAUGGGGCUAGAGUGGCGAUUUUAUUACCGGUUAUCGUUAGGGAUGCAGGUGUGGAUGUGUCGCCUGAAUAUUCAAUGGAUGUAGAUGUUUCAGCACAAUGGGUCGAAGGCGUAGAGACACGAGGCGUCCGCACGCAUUUUUAUCUUGAUAACAAAUUUUUCAAGGAGAAACUGCAGCCAGAAAUCAUGCCGGAUUUGUUGGCGAAAGGUGUGGUCCAACUAAAUAGGAUUAAGGUGGUAGAGGGCGAGGCGUUGUUGGAGCGUGCUCAGAAGGCUUUGGAUGCUCUGAGGAGAAGGGAAAAUAGUGGUGAGAGAUUGGUUUGGAGGGUUGCGGGGGGGGGGGUGUGA